AUGGCAGCAGAGUCUAACACAGGGUUUCACCGAGAUGGAACCUUAGGUUCUGCACUUAAUCGGCACGCAAUUUCGUUUCAAUCAGGGGCUAUAAACAGCGGUUGCACAACGGAUAUGAUUCCCAUGGGGAUGGGGUCUUACUAUGGGAUUAAUACUACUACUAGUAGUAGCUUGAUGCUGCCUGGGAAUUCCAGCAUGAUUAGUAAUAACACCAGUCCUGGUGGUAGUGGGAGUGGUGGAAUUGUUCAAGCUCAAGCUGGGAAUUCUUCUGCCUCUUCUUCGUUGCUUCUUGAUUCCGUUCCUGGCUUAAAGCAUGAUGCUGGCUUGGCUGUGGAGUGGUCCGUUGAGGAACAGUACAAACUUGAGGAAGGCCUUCACAAAUAUUCUGAUGAACCAAGUAUUCUGAGAUACAUAAAGAUUGCAGCCAUGCUCCGUGAUAAAACUGUUCGUGAUGUUGCAUUGAGGUGUAGAUGGAUGACGAGAAAGCGAAGGAAAGGAGAAGAUUAUAGCAUUGGAAAGAAGAUCAACAACAGGAAGGAUAAGCUGUUGGAAUCAUCCUCGAAGAUGAACAUGGUUGCAGCUUUACCACAUAACAUGGCUGCAUAUCCUAUAAUGAUGCACCAUAUGGACCAAAGUGAACCUAUGCCUUUUGAAGGAAUUAGUGGGACAGCUAGACUCUUGGACCAGAAUGCUCAAGCUUUUGGUCAGAUCUCAGCUAACCUUUCUACAUUCAAGGAUAACAUUGACCUCUUUUGUCACACAAGGAACAAUAUCAUUGCCAUCCUGAAUGAGUACGUGGAUUCUCAUAUGAGAGAGAUGCCUGGAAUAAUGAGUCAGAUGCCACCACUGCCUGUGUCCAUUAACGAGGAUCUUGCAAAUAGUAUAUUGCCCACUACAAUUCAGUCAGAUGUCAGAUCUGGAACAUUUAUCAGACAUUACACCUAUAAUUGUGCUGGCGAAGUAAUAUUGCUAGAUAGUAAAGUCAAUGAUAUUUGGCUCGCCUUCUGGAAUCCAACUGAAGCAGGAGCCAAGGUGCUGAUGGGGAAUUCUCAAGGUCGAUUUGGAUUUUAUCUGGUCUGUUUUGGUUUAACUUUCUGGACGGAAAAGACUAAGGGAUUAGCGGUUGAAACAUACGAGGUAAUACAAUCAGAACCUUAUUGGUAUCCUUAG